AUGGCGACUGUCAUUAGUGGCGGCGGGUACACGUCGAGAAAAUUGUUACGAACUGUACCUCGUCAAAUCACAUCAGUGUUAAAGGCCGAUUUGCUGUGGUCUCUUGGAGUAACUGGAGAAGGCAUAAAAGUAGCAGUAUUUGAUACGGGUUUGGCUCGCCAUCACCCUCACUUCGGUCGCGUGCGCGAGCGCACCGACUGGACGGGCGAGAAUACUCUCGACGACGCGUUGGGCCACGGUACUUUCGUCGCCGGCGUGAUCUCGUCACGAGCCGACUGUUUAGGGUUUGCCCCCGACGCUGAUUUGCAUAUCUUCAGAGUUUUCACUUAUAAUCAGGUUUCAUAUACAUCAUGGUUUCUAGACGCUUUUAAUUAUGCAAUUAUGCGUAAGAUAGAUGUGCUCAAUCUUAGUAUCGGCGGCCCUGAUUUCAUGGAUCAUCCCUUUGUGGAUAAAGUGUGGGAGCUUAGUGCAAAUAAGGUGAUAAUGGUAUCGGCGAUCGGCAAUGAUGGGCCGCUUUAUGGGACGUUGAACAACCCUGCCGAUCAGAUGGACGUGAUAGGUGUUGGCGGCAUAGGUUUCGAUGACCGCAUUGCCAAGUUCUCUUCCCGAGGCAUGACCACUUGGGAACUUCCGCAUGGUUACGGGCGCAUGAAGCCGGACAUCGUGACUUACGGUAGUGGCGUGCGAGGCUCUAACGUCAACGGCGGGUGCAGGUCCUUGAGCGGAACAUCAGUGGCGUCGCCUGUUGUGGCGGGCGCCAUAGCUCUGCUUGCCAGCGGAGUGCCGCGGCACAGCCUGACGCCCGCUGCGGUCAAGCAAGCGCUCACGAUCACCGCACGCCGCCUGCAAGGACCUAACAUGUUCGAACAAGGACAUGGCAAAUUGGACCUUAUUAGUGCUUAUCAGUUUCUACGCGAGUACGAGCCCCAAGCGAGCUUAAGCCCCGCGUACAUCGACCUGACGGAGUGUCAAUAUAUGUGGCCGUACUGCACCCAGCCGUUGUACUACAGCGCGCAGCCCAUCAUCGCCAACGUCACCGUCACCAACGGCCUCGGCGUCUCCGGACAAGUUAAACAAGUGAGUUGGCAUCCCCACCUGCCACAAGGGCCAUUGCUGGCGGUGUCUGCGGAGUACAGCCCUAUACUGUGGCCAUGGUCCGGGUGGCUCGCUCUCAGCUUCAGGGUACUAGAGGAGGGUGCCGAUUUCGAAGGCAUCGUUGAGGGUCAUUUGAACGUAACGAUUGAGAGCCACGAUGAAACCGGUGAAAAGGCAAUGAGAAAUGCAACACUUAUGUUACCUAUUAGGGCCAAAGUAAUCCCAGUACCCAUUCGUUCACGGCGCUUGCUGUGGGACCAGUUCCACAGCCUGAGGUACCCGGGCGGGUACUUUCCUCGCGACGACCUAAGGGCCAAGCACGACCCACUCGACUGGCACGCUGACCACGUUCACACCAAUUUUCGAGAUAUGUAUCGCCGCCUCCGUGAUGAUGGAUUCUAUCUCGAAGUCAUGGGUACUCCUUUGACCUGCAUCGAUACGUCGUUGUACGGCGCUUUGCUAUUGGUGGACCCCGAAGACGAGUACUUCCCAGAAGAGAUGGCGGCGCUGAAAAAAGCCGUAGACGCCGGCAUGUCUCUCGUCGUUUUCGCCGACUGGUACAAUGCGACCUUGCUGCGGCAUGUCAAGUUUUAUGACGAAAACACUAGGCAAUGGUGGAUACCGGAAACGGGAGGAGCAAACGUACCAGCGUUAAACGACCUCCUCAGCAUGUAUCAGGUGGCGUUAGGUGACAGAGUGUUUGAAGGAUCGUUCAAACUAGGAGGUCAGUCAAUGUACUACGCGAGUGGGACACACAUUCAUAGUUUCCCCGAUCAUGGAGUACUUGUCACUGCGAAACUUAGCGACCAAGGACACCAGAUAAUGUCCGGUGAGAAAGGCAACAAGGGUGGCGGCGCCGCGGCUGUCGGUCAUUUAGUCGACGUGCCCAUCCUUGGUCUGUUGCAGACCGACGGCGAAACGCGCGACUACACCAACGAUACCAUCGAUAAAUUACCCAAGGCCGGACGGUUAGUGGUAUACGGUGAUUCUUCGUGUCUGGAAGGCGGGGCAGCGAAACCGUGCCACUGGCUACUGCUGGCAGCAUUGCAAUAUGCUCUGGUGGGACACUUGCCGUCCUCGCUUAAGGAAGCAGCUACCCCGCCAGAGCACCGAUUGAGAGACGUGCAUAUCAUCCCUUCAGACUUGCCGCAGCGCGCCGAAGGAGGUCGCCUCCACGUGUACUCUCGCGUUCUGUCGCCGGACAACAGCGGGCCGCGGCCCGUGCCGGAGUGCGUCAGUCCCUCGUCACUGACCCCGCGCCCCGUCCACGCUCCUCCCGCCGCACGCACUCUAGCACCCAGACAUCCUCCCACUGACCCAAAGAGUAUUGGUGCUCCGGAGUUAGAGGGCACGGAAGCAGCGCCCCGUGCAUGGCGGGGCGCUGGCGCGGCUCCAUCGCGCGCGCACCUAGACGCCGACCCGCAAUCCCCCAGUUUCACCAGACGAGCUGCCACACUUCUGUUGAUCGUCGCUAUUAUAUACUCUAUCACCGCGCUUUGGAAGCGCUGUAGCCGCAAACUUCGCCGAAGAAGACUAAUGUCUCUCGCCACCUAGCGUAAGGCCAAACCUGAUAAACAGGUGAAACAAACACGUCAUACGUAAACAGCCAUUACGAACAUUCAAUGCACAUAAUGUCGCAGUUUAAGUACCUAGUUAAGUGAGCUAGUCCAAUUUAUUUAUUGACUUCUGUGAAUAGAUACCAAAAACAACAUUCAUUGGUAGAUUCGGCUGUGUGAUUUACAAGUGUUAUAAUCUAUGUUAUAUUGACGGAUAUGAUGAAAAAGAAUGAAUCUUUGAUAUUCGUCGGGAUAUGGCCUUGUAGCAAUAAGUACUUAGUAGAGGAUAAACUAGAAUAUUAAAGUGUCACGUGCCUUAGUGUCACUUUACAUUGGAAAUAUAUUACGGAUCUGCAAUCGAAUGGACUUACAGGGUGGUACAGAUUGGGCGGUGAUCGCGAAAAUAAAAACGCAAAACCUCACUUGGCAUUUUAAUAUUUUUAUCACCUGUUUUGGUCGCAAAUCUACACGAAAUGUGUUGGAAACUAUUUAUACAUUUCUGUAUAUAUUAACAAAACUACAUUAAGUAAACGUCUAGAAGACCUGUUAUUAUCGUUAUCUACUUUUAUGAACGAAGGUUAUUUCAAGUUUGAAUUUGAACAAUAUCUGAAGUUAGUUAACGUAGUCGAUGUAUAUUUAAUUUAUCGCAAUUUAUUGGCGUUAGCCCUGACGGCUCUGUAGCGACUUCUAAACGCGUUCUGUCUAAAGACUGGUUGACAUAGUACGCUUGGGCGUAAAUUAGGUUAUGAUAUACAUAUAUUUAGCACGAAAAUAAAUACGUUCAUAGACGUAAGUCGAGACAUGUCUUGACAAAAAUGAUUAUUAUUAAAUUUCUGUACUAUACUAUAUAAUUAUAUCGUUCUUCCAUUGAAGAAUGUAUUUUGGUUAUGGAUUCUUUUAUAUCUUUGUUGUAGAUUACAUCUUACUCAUGGUAUAUUAUUAAAUGGUCUAGAAGGAAGAG